UUGAGAACAAUACUGUGGGAAGGGGUGGUGGAUCUUCCACCACCUCAUGCUUCUCCAAGCCAUGUCGGCUUUUGGGGAUGCUCACGAGUGGUAUAUGGGAGCUCUGAGCCGGCAGGAAGCAGCUGCCUAUCUCCAGGGACACCGCCACGGAACCUUCUUGGUGCGGGACAGUACCACGUGCCCUGGAGACUACGUGCUCUCUGUCAGCGAGAACUCCAAGGUCUCUCACUACAUCAUAAACAGCCUCCCUGGGCGCCUACGGAUUGGAGAGCAUGAGUUUGAUGGUUUCCCUUCUCUGCUCGAUUUCUACCGCCUCCACUACCUGGACACUACCACCCUGGUGGCCCCUGUGGGCCGGGUCGUGGCCCCUGCAUCUGCUCAGCCCCCUCCUGCUGGCGAAUGGGUGCGCGCCCUCUACGAUUUCGUUGGCCGUGAUCAGGAGGACCUCCCAUUCUCCAAAGGGGAACCGCUGAGGGUGCUGGCCAAGCCUGAGGAGCAGUGGUGGACAGCGCAGCGCGCGGAUGGGCGUGUGGGGAUGAUUCCUGUGCCCUAUGUCCAGCCCUGCCCGUAUGCUCACCCCAGCAGCCACGGUGCCCCUCGCCAUGCUCCGGUAAUCGCAAGAGCAGUGCAACGGAGGGUUCCAGGGGCCAACGACAAGACGGCCCUGGCCUUUGAGGUGGGUGACCUCAUUGCUGUUACCAAGAUGAAUGUCAACGGCCAAUGGGAGGGGGAGCUGAAUGGGCGCCGCGGCCACUUCCCGUUCACCCACGUCAAAGUCCUCGACCCCGAGGAAGCCAGCUGAGCAUUUGGUGUCACCCCUGAACUUUUUAAAUUUUCCCCUGAGGAGGUCACAAGUCCCGAACUC